AUGGUCACUGCCAUCAUCUGGUUUACUCACUUUUAUCGUACUCAGUCGGCAUUAGUAGCAUCACCCAAGUUUUGCCUCAUAUGGGUAUACUUAGACUUCGCUCUUACGAUCACAACAACAAUUCUGGCAGCUUGGGCAUCGAUUGAACGACAUAUUCUAAUUUUUCAUAAAAAUCUCAUUUCAACACCACUCAAACGUUGGAUUUUUCAUUAUUUUCCGUUAAUUAUCUUCACUAUUUAUCCAUUCAUUUUUUAUAUUGUUGGAUUUUUUGUUCUACCUUGUCCUUUUCCAUUUAACUACAAGGCAGAGCGGCGUGCACUCGAGGGUUGCACCGGGUAUAAUGAAAAAAUAUCAAUGUGGGAUAAUUGGGCAAACAAUGUUGUACCAGUUUUACUGAUCAUUAUCUUUAGUAUUUCUUUGAUUGCUCGUGUGUGGUAUGGAAAAUAUCGAAUGGGCCAUCGAUUUCAAUGGAGAAAGUAUCGGAAAAUGUUUUUUCAACUAUUAUCAAUCUUUACUCUCUACUUUGUUCUAUUCCUACCAGCGAUGAUUUUAUAUGCAGCUUAUGCACUUGGUCUAUCUUAUUUCCUUUUCUGA